AUGACUACGGAGUCCAGACACUUGCCUAACGUAGAUGGAAUAUCAUAUCGUCCCCUGCUUGCUACCGUCGACUACAGUUCCGAAUACGAAAUUCCUGGCAGAAGCAGUGAUGACAGUCCAACGCUUGCUUUGGACUACAUCGACAGAUCAACUGUGGAGAAGAGGCUUCUCCGUAAGUUGGAUCUUCGGGUAGCCUUCCUAGUUCUGGUUUACAUUAUGAACUAUAUGGACCGCACUAAUGCAGCUGCAGCGAGGCUGCGUGGUUACGAGGAGGACCUUGGCAUGACGGGGAACCAAUUCAACACACUUACCAGCAUCCUUUAUGUGGGAUAUUUGUUGACGCAAGCUCCUUCUAACAUGAUCUUACACCACAUGAAGAGGCCAUCACUAUAUCUCUCGAGCUGCAUGGCAAUAUGGGGUGUUCUCACCGUGUUGAUGGGUGCGGUUCAAACAUAUCAUGCCGCUCUUAUUUUGCGCUUCUUCAUUGGAUUUGUGGAGGCAGCAUUCUUUCCCGGAGCUGUAUUCCUUAUUUCACGAUGGUACAAGGGCAAUGAACUAGGAUUACGCACAGCACUUCUUUCUUGCGGUGCCUCGAUCAGUAAUGCUUUUGGUGCUCUUUUCGCAUCAGGUAUCUUGGGAAGCCUAGAUGGUACACUAGGUUUUACGGCUUGGAGGUGGCUCUUUUUUGUGGAGGGCGCUUUGACCAUCGUGGUCGCGGUGUCUGCAGGCUGGAUUUUACCUGAUUUUCCUUCAACGCCGAACCUCUGGCUUUUGCCUAACGAACAGAUCCUGGCCAAACAACGGAUGGAGGAGGAGGUCGCGGGCGACAAUGAGCACAAAAGUAAACCCGAAGAAUAUUAUUCUGGUCUUGUCGAGGCUCUUAUGGAUUGGAGGGUAUGGUGGGUUGGUGCUUCCCUUAACUUGAUGAGUUCCUCGAUGUCAUUUGGUAUUUUCUUCCCGACUCUAUCCGCUACAAUGGGUUACAACGCUACUACGAGCCUCUUGCUCUGCGCACCUCCGUGGAUUUUGGGAACUGCAACUUCGUUUCUCGUAGCCAGGCACUCCGAUGUAACUGGUGAUCGCUUCUGGCAUAUUGUUGGUCCUAUGCUCCUCGGCAUCGCUGGAUUUAUACUCGCAAUUUCUACUAUGAAUACGACUAUGCGAUAUAUAUCCCUAUUCUUGAUGACUCAGAGCCCAGUCGCCUAUGUUGUCUGUUUGACUUGGAUCAUGAAUACGUUUUCCCAAUCACAAUCGAAACGCGCUGCAGCCAUCGCACUCAUAAAUUCCAUGGCGUCAGCUGGCGCGAUCAGUUCAUCGUACUUCUGGCCAUCCAGUUGGGGACCUUCAUACGUGAACUCGUACCUCAUUUGCAUCUUGGCAAGCGUCGUAUGCAUUGCGAUGUUAUGGGUGUUUAGGAGGCACCUUUCCCGGUGUAAUGAAGCUGCUGAAGCCGAAGAGCAAUCUCUAGGGCUACCCAAGGGUUUGAGAUAUCUCCUCUAG